AUGUUCCAAUCCAAACUUCUUGAGCUUGAAUUCAUUUCUACUUAUUUACGUAAUGAGCGCAAGCACAGUAAUCCUGUCAAGUCUAAUUGUGCAAUGUUGAGAGGUUACAUGGGAGCUGUGGGUUAUUGCAAAGCUUAUUAUACUGGGGAAAUUGGUGGUGGUUAUUGUCCUUUCAAAAGGAAUAGAGCUUUGCUGGAAAUUUCACCUUUACAAGUGACGCAUUCACCAGUAUCCCGCAUCAAGACAACUAUUCUUCCAGAUGGUCUUAUGGUAUUUUUUUCAAUCUACAAGAAGACGGGCGAACUUGCAUUGAAAGGAUGUGAUAUAAAAGGUGGCGAGUUCUGGUGGCCUGAUUUGAACUGUGAAGUCAAUUUUUCAACUUGUAAUCGCAUAACGGAGAUCUUGUGGCGAGGUAGCAAAGAUCUCCAUUGUACCCGGGAGUGCUUCGAACCGUCCGGAGAAUUUACUCGCAUUGGCACUGCAGUACAAAUAAACAUCAAGUAUGAGAGAAUGGGGGUUUCUAUGGGUGGCUCUAUACAAAGCUAUAAAAAUCAAGUCCCACUUCCUUGGGAAUUGAAGUGCUACAAGACAUUGAAUAUCCCUUCUCCCAAGUAUUUUGGUAGUGCCUUGUUUUUGUAUCGGAUGUAUCUUAGCAAAAUCAAAGCCCAAGAGACUCUUGACCGAUUAAAGAAGAAACAAUUUUCUUGUAAGAGGAAGACUCUCAGAGGUGUAAUGAGAUCUUUCUUGGAACCAAAGCAGUCAUUAUGUAGUUCUUCUGAAUUUGAAAGACAAAAUGUGAUGGAAGUGAAAGAAAUAGAAGAGGCGAUUACACCUUCAAAAAGUCAUUUCUAA